AUGGACCCCUUGACUGCUAUUGGCUUAGCUUCUAAUACUAUCUCUUUUAUUGAUUUCUCCUGGGAAUUAAUCACAGGUGCCCAGGCGCUUGAAACGAUCAUUGCUGAUUUAGAGGAAGUUUUGCAGCACCUGACUUUUGACGUCAAAGGAACAUCGCAGAAUGAAAUCGCCGUCCUACAAUUGGCUGAGGAGUUUUGGAGGGUUUCUCGACCACUAUCCAGAAUUCCAAGAGAGUUGAAAGCGAAUAUUAACAAGAAAUCCAGUGGGAAAGUGUUAAAAUCAAAUGGGCUAGUAUGCGCAAAGUAA